AUGUCUGCUUCGGACGCGGCUGUCGCAAGGCCCGUCGUCACUGUCGAGGAAGAUGCCCCACUAGACGGUCCCGUCGUCAAUGCAUCACAACAGAGUCUCGCGAGCCUGCCAUCGACCGAGGCACCCGCAUCGCCAGCCGAUCCCGGCCGCUCUCUCAAGUCUGAAGUAAACGACGAUCGAGCUUCCGUCAUACCCUCGUCCUUGACUCCUCCACCCUCCUCCCAAGUGCCCACCAACGGCCCCAGCAACAGGGUACCACCGAGCUCACAGAGGCAGCGCAUGCUAUCGCCUCCAGUCACCGGCCUCAACACAGCUCGUCACGAAGCCACACCGUCUGGGCUCUUCACUGCACCGAGACCGGAAGCUGUCGUCGCUGCGUCGCCCGAUGCUCUUCGAGCAAUGCUUCAGGCCUGCAUUGUGGAGCACACGCGGUUGAAGACGGAGGCUGCCCACCAUAAGCUUCAAUACCAACUACUCAGCGUUCGAGCCGAUGAAGAUGCUCAUCGCGCGGCUGUCGAGCAGGAACUGACGCUCCGCCAGCUCGAGGCCUUGCGCAAACAGAAAUCUGAUGCUCCGGCCCCACCAGCCAGAAGGAUUCCCAGCCCAAGUCCCGAGAUCUCGCAGGCCAUGUAUGACCAGCUGCGCGAUCUAGGCGAGAAAGCUAUUAAAGACAACGAAAAGAUCCGCAAGGACUAUGAGGAAGCCUGUAAGCGGCUCAAGGCUGCUAAGAAGCUCAUUGUGCGCCAGGAGGAGGAAAUGGAUAGUCUACGGGAGGAGAAUGACCUGCUCAGGAAUCGGCUACAAGACAAACGGGAACUUUGGAACCAGCUAGCAAGCCCAGGCGGCAUGUUCCAUACCCCAAAGACCGCGCAAGCGUCGCCUGCACAAUAUAGAACGACCCCACGACAGACCCCCAAGCAUCGAGAUAGCCGCGAGGGACGGCAGGAACCUUUCGCUGUCCUUCUCCAAGCUGCUACUCAGGAAAAUAGCAGCGCCCCUUCAACGCCGGCCACACCGAACCGCUCAGGUGGACGGCAUCCAUUGAAGCACUCCCGGGCGGUCCACUCGAUGUCAUCUCUUCCAACAACACCGAAUCCACCUAGACCUCGAGGCUCCGACUUGUUACCAGCUGCCGACCUUGUCCCUCAGACUGAGCCACCACGCCGCUUCGUCAACCGGAGCUUUAUUCCAGAAACACCCGAGCGAGGCCUCAGUUUUGCCCGCAGCGAACGUCCUGAACGCGUCCGUCACAGCCGAGAGAGCACAAUCUCGGCCGACGACAACCAAGAGCUUGCUAGAGCAGCUCUCCAGUCGGUGGCACAACAGGUCGCAUCAUUUGCGUCCCGCGGAUCCCCACCACCACGAAGGCCACUUCCGUCGCAGCGCAGUCAAAACACUGAAGCAGACAGCCAAGUAUACGAGAGCCAGGCCAGCCAGGAGGCGUCAGCAAUGUUGAGGAGGGAUCCGCGCGAGAGUUUUGAGGUUGCAAGCUCCCACAACUCCAGGGAUGUUACGCCAACGCCCAUCGCGGCGGAGAAAAGCGCAAGACUGCAGUCCACGUUGAGAGGCCCGAUCCACAAACCCGGACUAUCAAGUAGUGCGAAGCGCAAGUAUGACACCAGCGUUGCGGACGAGGCGAGGCGGGCUGAGCCGACCAGUCCCACUAAGAGACUGAGACUGGCCGGCGGUCUGCGAGAGGGAUCCUCCCUCAUCGGACUUGGGAUACGAGAUUGA